AACUCGUGUUUUUGUUUUGAUUUUAAAAAUCCACGUUAAGGAAUUUUAAUUAAUUUAAGCAAAAAUGGGAAAGAAACUUCCAAAGCCAAAGCGACAUUUCGGUGUUCGAGACCCUUUGAAACAGCUUGAGGAACGAGAAGCAGCUAUCAAGGACAAAAUUAACAAUCCACCGGCGAAGGAUGAAAAUCAGCAAAAACUCUCACAAAAGAUGCGAAAAUUCGUCGAACUCAAAAAUCAAGCAAAAGAAGCCUCCGACUCCAAAAAACAAGGUCAAAAGAAAAAACCCAAAAAAGAUCGUCUCGGCGAAAAAAGUCAGUUGAAACGUCGUCCCGAGGAAACAGAAGAAAAAUACCUCAAACGGCUGUCUCGCUUAAAGAACGAACGUCUCACCGAGUCUCUUUACGCCGCCAAAUACAACGUUCGCAUCACUCGGAAUGAAGAAACGGGCGAAAUGCAAGUCAACAAAGGAGGCAAAAACGAAAUUGACGAACUUUUGGAACAAAAACGCAACAAACGAGCACGCCGAAAACGCGACGAAACAAAAUUGACCCCUUUGGAAAAAUUAAAACUCAAAAAAUUACAAAAACUCGAAAAAUCUGUGGAGGAAAUUGAUUAUUCGAAGCCACAACGUGAGAUAAUUCCCUUUGGAGAACGAGUGGAUGCGCCGCCGACGCUUGUGGUGCCACGAAAAGCCACAAAAGACGAUGAUGGAAAUCCAAAAAGAAAUCGGAGCAAUUUAUUAGUUCACGAAGUGCUGAAACGGAACCAAGAAGCGAUGCAAAAACAAAAAGUUGAACGGGAACGCGAAAAUAUCGUGAAUUUGUACAAAGAAUUCAAGAAGAAGAAACGACUGGCAACGAAGGCGACUGGAAUGCCGAUACAGAGAAAUGAAACGGGAAUGUCCUCACUUUAAAAAAAAAAAUUAAAUAAAAAAAAUAUUUUUUUAAUAAUUAAUUAAUAAUUAGUAUUUAAUUUAAUUUAAUGCUCAUCAAAAAGGAAAUGAAAUGUCUUACAAUUUAUUUUUUAUUUAUAUUUUACCUUAUUUGUUUUUUUUUUUAGCAUUUAUACACGAAAAAAAAACUCUUUUCUUGUAAAAAUGAUCAUCCAUUCAAAAUGUUAAUUUUUUUGUUUUUUUUUCGUUUAAUUGUUAGUGCACGGUCGUUUAUCAUUUCAAAAAAACAAA